AGUCUUUUUCAAAACGGUGUGUGGUGGAUGAACACGUUGUUUGCAGCAUCGGAUACCGAAUCGUGUUCCAUCUGUAUCUAAUUUUUUAAAUUUUUACUCACAAACAGUUAAAAUGCCUCCUAAAUUUGAUCCUAAUGAAGUUAAGAAAGUUUUCUUACGAUGCGUUGGAGGUGAAGUAGGUGCAACUUCAUCCCUGGCUCCAAAAAUUGGUCCUCUUGGUUUGUCUCCAAAAAAAGUUGGUGAUGACAUCGCUAAAGCGACCAGUGACUGGAAAGGUUUGAAGAUUACUGUGCAGCUAACAAUUCAAAAUAGACAAGCUACUAUUUCAGUAGUUCCAUCCGCUGCUUCUUUGAUUAUUAAGGCACUUAAAGAGCCUCCAAGAGAUCGUAAAAGACAAAAAAAUAUUAAGCACAGCGGAAAUUUAUCAUUUGAUGAUAUUCUUGUCAUUGCUCAAACAAUGAGGCCUAGAUCCAUGUCAAAAUACCUUAGCGGUACUGUUAAGGAGAUAUUAGGAAGUUGUCAUUCAGUUGGUUGCACAGUAGAAGGUAGACCACCACACGAUCUCAUUGAUGAUAUCAAUGCUGGAGAGUUACAAGUUCCUGACGAGUGAUGCGAAUUUUGAAUAUGGACACAAAAAUAAAACAGUUUUAAAAUCGCAAG